AUGAACACUCGUCUUGUUGUCGAAACAAUAUCAAAUAUUCAUUCGGCUUUCAUCGAAAGUGCUACAGACUACCAAAAUCUUGCUAAACCAUUACAUCCAUUAUUAAAUAAUACAUCAUUGUUGCCCAUAAAUACUAGUAGUAAGGGCACAUUUAAAAAUAAUUAUUUAUACAACAAAUAUUCAACUCCUAGCAACGACGAAAGUCAUUCAUCAGUUAACGACGACGACAACGACGAGGAAGAAGAAGAAGAGUUGAACGAAAUUGAUCAUCGAAAUACCGAUAUUCGAAAUUAUAAUUUAGCUUAUUUUAAUUCAAAUAAUCUAAACAGCGUUUAUCCACACAAUAACUUUGAAGAACUAAGAAAAGAUCAAGACGACACAAUUUGGAAUGCAAAUAAGAUCUCGCCUUACAACGCUCUUAGUGGUCAGUGUUCAAGUUCGGGAAGUGAAUCAGAAAAUCGUCAUCAUCCUUGUACAGAAUGUGGUAAAACAUUUGCAACAUCCAGUGGUUUGAAACAGCAUAUGCACAUUCAUAGUAGUGUAAAGCCAUUUCAGUGUGAGGUCUGUUUUAAAGCUUAUACUCAAUUUUCGAAUUUGUGUCGUCAUAAGCGAAUGCAUGCUGAUUGUCGAACGCAAGUAAAAUGUCGAUUUUGUGGACAAACAUUUUCAAACAGUGCAGCACUUAAUAAACACAGAAGAUUUUGUGGCGACGUUAAUACUUAUUCAUCCGAAACUCCCAAACCAUCACUGAACAAAGAACAAUUAAACAGUUGGUUAUGGAAUUCAUCAAGUUUACCCUAUUCAUUAAUACCGUAUUUACCUCGUUUUGCUACACUUACGCCAACUGCACCAAAUACUUGUACAACAAUUCCAUAUUUUAAUACAUUUUUAACAGCAAAUACCAAUACUCAUCCAUCACCACUGUCAUCAUCUUCCUCAAUAGCCACCUCAGAUGAGAUAACAAAAACAAAAUACAAUAAAAACAAUAGUGGAUGCUCUUCAAUAAAAACAAAUAAAUCACAAAAUGAUGUCGUUGAUGAUAUGGGAUCGUCAACAAAUUCACCUGAACAAUUAAAAGACACAACAAAAGUAAAUGGUUAUCAUUCAACGUCAAAGAAACGUACACUGAAAAUGGAAGAUAAUGAUGAUGAACCACUUGAUUUAACUGUUAAAAAAUCAAAAAUGUCUUAUUUUAAAAAUAAUGAUCAUACGGAUGAACACCAUCACGACUAUGUCUCAUCGUCAUCUUCCUCCUCUAAAUCAUCGUCUCCAGCAUUAAAUACUAUGUCAAAUACACCUCAUUCAACUCCCAUCGAUAAUCAAUGUCGACCAUCUUCACUUGAAAAAAUAAAAUCAGAAACAAACACUAACCAAACACACAGUACAAAUGGCAGUAGUUCUCAUUCACUAUCAACAUCUGAACAAUGUGAACAACGGUGUAAUUCAACAACAAUUUCCAAGUACAAUGUCGAAUCAUUAUUAAAUAAAAAGUGUGUCACAUCAUCAUGUGAAAAUAACAAAACAAAAAAUAUACCAUCAAAAUCUCCUUUAUCCAACAUGGCCACAUUAACGUCUCCACUCAACUUAGAAGUUCUAAAACGUAUUUAUCAUACGAAUAAUGUAUUUUCUAAUCCAACAACGUCCACUGUUGCUGCAGCAGCAUUUUCACAAUUAUCAUUAAAUCGAGGACUUACAAUUAAUUAUGAUUCCUGGCAAUCUAAUACAUUAAAUAAACUUAAUUAUUUAAAUACAAGAACAAAUAAAGACAAGUAUUCAUGUCAAUAUUGUGGAAAAGUAUUUCCAAGAUCAGCAAAUUUAACACGACAUUUAAGAACUCAUACAGGUGAACAACCUUAUCGAUGUAAAUAUUGUGAACGAUCAUUUUCAAUUAGUUCAAAUCUUCAACGACAUAUACGAAAUAUUCAUAAUCGUGAAAAACCAUUUUUAUGUACUCUUUGUGAUCGUCGUUUUGCCCAACAAACAAAUCUUGAACGUCAUGUUAAAAAACAUGAAAAUGGUCUACCAUAUGAUUCUUGUUCCGGUGAUGAAGAUAAUGAAAUACCUUCAACUAUAACAACAAAUGGCAGUAAUGAUAGUUUAUUAAAUCAUCAUGUUGAACUCUAUGAACAACAUACUUUAAACAGUGAACCAUCUAGUACAAGACGGUCAUCAUCGUUAUCUUUAUCAGAUGGAGAUUGUAGUAGAAUAGAAGAAGAAGAUACUGAAGAUCAUGGAAUUGAAAGUUCUUAUUUCGAUGUUACAACAGCAAUCGAAAAUGAUGAAAGAGAAGUUGAACAAGAAAUUUCAUCAGAUUAG